GAUUAGAUAGGUGGCAACCCAAAACUGGUGGGACGGGGGAAAGUGAGGUGUCAAUGUUGGCGUAAAAGAGGCGCCACUCUUUUCUGAGAUUAGACGAAGCGGAACCAAAACGUCAUAUUCGCCUGCAUAUUCGUUGUCCCCAAAAUCAAACCCAUCUUCAUUAUUCGUUAUUAUAAAAACCAACCUCUUUACCCCACCAAAAUCAAAAAUCACUACGCAGCGAAACCAACCCACUGUUUUACGUUAACUAUAUACACUUUGCCAAAUCUCACUUAGUCCCUACAUCCUACAGUACAAACACAUUUCCGGAAUUUCUAUAUCUCAAAGUCACUCUCAUUCUUCAAGGUGCACACAGCUUAUAUCAAUAUCAGUAUCAAUAUCAUCACCUCUCUCUGUUGUCUCUCUCUGUCCAAUUUCGAAGCUCACAUCUCUCGUUUCUUUUGUUCUCUCCGAAGAAUUUUGAGGCUCUUCACCAAUGGCUGCUGUAGCUACCGCUAACGUCGACAAGCUCAAAUCUGAAGUCGCUGCUCUGAGCCAAAUCAGCGACAAUGAGAAAAACGGAUUCAUCAACCUCGUCUCUCGUUAUGUCAGUGGAGGAGAAGCAGAACAUGUGGAGUGGAGUAAGAUCCAGACUCCUACUGAUGAAGUAGUGGUCCCUUAUGAUGGCUUGGCACCUACUCCUGACGAUCCUGCGGAGAUCAAGACGCUUUUGGACAAACUUGUGGUGCUAAAGCUUAAUGGAGGUUUGGGAACAACAAUGGGUUGCACUGGCCCCAAGUCUGUCAUUGAAGUUCGAAAUGGGUUGACAUUUCUGGACUUAAUUGUCAUCCAGAUUGAGACUCUCAAUAACAAAUAUGGGAGCAGUGUUCCCCUGCUUUUGAUGAACUCAUUCAACACUCAUGAUGAUACACAGAAGAUUGUAGAAAAGUACACCAAGUCAAAUGUUCAGAUUCAUACUUUUAACCAGAGUCAGUAUCCUCGUCUGGUUGUUGAAGAUUUUUCGCCACUUCCAUCCAAAGGACAGACUGGCAAGGAUGGAUGGUAUCCUCCUGGCCAUGGUGAUGUGUUCCCAUCCCUGAAGAAUAGCGGCAAACUUGAUCUGUUAUUGUCACAGGGUAAGGAGUACGUGUUUGUUGCUAACUCUGACAACUUGGGUGCUGUUGUUGAUUUGAAAAUUCUAAAUCAUUUGAUCCACAAAAAGAACGAAUACUGCAUGGAGGUUACACCGAAAACAUUGGCAGAUGUGAAGGGUGGCACUCUGAUCUCUUAUGAGGGAAGGGUUCAGCUCCUGGAAAUUGCUCAAGUCCCUGAUGCACAUGUCAAUGAAUUCAAGUCCAUAGAGAAGUUCAAAAUUUUCAACACAAAUAAUUUGUGGGUGAACUUGAAUGCAAUUAAAAGGCUUGUGGAAGCUGAUGCACUUAAGAUGGAAAUUAUCCCAAACCCGAAGGAAGUGGAUGGAGUCAAAGUUCUUCAGCUAGAAACUGCGGCUGGUGCAGCAAUCAGGUUCUUUAAUCAUGCUAUUGGUAUCAAUGUACCUCGAUCUCGAUUUCUUCCAGUGAAGGCAACUUCUGAUUUGCUUCUUGUCCAGUCUGACCUUUAUACCUUAGAAGAUGGCUUUGUUAUCCGGAACAAAGCUAGAACAAAUCCUGCAAAUCCAACUAUUGAACUGGGGCCUGAAUUUAAGAAGGUUGGCAAUUUCUUGAGUCGAUUCAAGUCAAUUCCCAGCAUCCUUGAGCUCGAUAGCCUUAAGGUGUCUGGUGAUGUGUGGUUCGGUGCUGGCGUUGUUCUCAAGGGGAAAGUAACUAUCACAGCAAAAUCUGGGGUGAAGUUGGAAAUUCCUGAUAAUGCUGUGCUUGAGAACAAGGAUAUCAAUGGCCCUGAGGACCUCUAAGUUUCUUGUCCUGGAAUGAAUCGGAGAGCAUACUCAAGUUGAAGAUCGAGUCCUGUGGUUGUGCCAUGCUUGAUUAUUCUGAUAGGGAAAUAAAUGUUUUACAAUUUUUGUUGCAUAUGAGUUUGGUCAAGGUUUCCAUGUUUAACCCUACUGUUUAUGAAUGAAAGUUUAAUGCCAAGGCAGAGCAUAACAUAUUAGUUAUGUAUUGGUGUUUCUUCAUAA